GUUGUCAAACAGAGACUUUGGCCUGGAAAUUGGUGAUUGAUUUCCUGAUCUUAAAACGCUUCGCGACAAAUAAGGAUAAGACAUUAUGACAAAAAGCGUUGGAUUGGGUUUGUCGCCCGUCGCUUCGUGGCUUUUCAUAUCGUUCCAAGUUGUGUUGAUUGUUUUGUACGGAUUAUUCACACGACACGUCGGCACAGUCACUGUCGAUCACAGCAAGUCAAGUUCGAGCGACGUCGACGCAAGCACAGCUGGUCACAGCAAAGGAGAAGAAAUCUUCAACGUCGGUCCAUAUGCCGCUUUCCAAGAUGUUCACGUAAUGAUAUUCAUCGGGUUCGGCUUUCUAAUGACAUUCCUCAGUCGCUACAGCUACUCUGCGGUGGGAUUCAAUUUCCUUUUGGCAGCGCUCGCCGUGGAAUGGUCCAUAUUAUGCCAAGGAUUUCUGCACGCCUGGCAUUCUCAACAUGCAUACAUCACGUUGAAACUGUCAAAUUUAUUGGCCGCCGAUAUCGCAUCCGCUGCAUUUUUGAUCUCCUUCGGCGUGAUUUUGGGUCGACUGACGCCGCUGCAAUUGAUGGUCAUGGUCGUCAUUCAAAUGCCAUUGUUUGCCAUCAAUGAGCAUCUGACGUACUUCGUUUUCAAGGAUCAAAACGCAGAACGAUUGCGAUCCUUGGUAUCAGAUGCUGCUUGA